AUGGAGAGAGGUGAAGAGAGUCGCCAGGGCCAGAGCCAGAGCCAGGCAGACACAGGACACGCCCCCUGCAACUUCAGAGAGUCAGACAGAGACUGUGUUUGGGCCUUCAAGAGGGGGAAGUCAUUCGGGAAUGCAGAACUGACAGAUUUUCAGAGAAAGAAGAAUUCAAGGAGAGCAGAGAGUAAAACAAGUAUCCAUACCUUCUUCCUCCGCGACGAUGUGAGCCGUAUGACAACUGGGCGCAAGCAGACCAUAACUGUGAGGAAGAAGAGGAUGCAGAAGCGACUGCUUACUGACACUAUGAAGAAUCUUCAUAUGAGAUUUGUAUCAGAAAACUCAGACAACGUCUCAUAUAGUCUGUUUUGUACAUGUCGGCCAUUUUGGGUCGUAGCCCCUACUAAUGCUCAUCGGGCCACAUGCCAGUGCAAAACACAUGAGAACCUCCAGUUUAUGGCUGACACCCUUUAUAGUCGAGGCAUUGUGGAGACCAAGAAUCUAGAGGAGAUGGCUGACCGCACUGUCUGUGCCACAGGAGUUAAAAUCUGUGCCUAUGGUGACUGCAAAGAAUGCCGCCUCACCACUCACCCAACUCUGAGAGACACCACAGAGGAAGCUGUUCAAGUGGUACAAUGGUGUGCUGAAAGAACAGGGGAAGAUGAAAGGAAGACCAUAACUGUGAAGAAAGUGGUGCAGAGCACAGAAGCAGACCUAGUCGAUGAUUUCCAGGAUCGUCUCUACAAAUUCCGUAAGCACCUAUUUAACAUCAGAUGGCAAUACACUGCUUACAGACAACUGCGCGAAAGCCUCCAAGCCAACGAGUGCAUGAUACACAUCGACUUCAGUGAGAAUUACUCCUGCAAAUAUCACAAUGAGAUCCAGUCGGUGCAUUUUGGGGGAUCUCAUCAGCAGGCCACCCUGCACACCGGUCCUGUCCUGGAGAUGGUGAAGACCAGAUACCCACAGGUGGAGACACUUCACUUCUAUAGUGAUGGUCCUGCCACACAGUAUAAACAAAAGGGCAACUUCUACCUCUUGUCUACUGUGCCAUUCAGGCAUGGUUUCAAACACCUGUCAUGGAAUUUCUUUGAAGCCAGUCAUGGGAAGGGAGCUCCCGAUGGAAUCGGAGGGACACUGAAGCGGUCAGCUGACCGGAUUGUGCGCUUGGGGGAAGAUAUUCCAGAUGCUUCCUCAUUAUUCCAAAAACUGAAGGCACUGGAUUUGACAGUGGAGCUGUUCUUUGUCACUGAGGAUGAUGUUGAAGCAAAGACAGAGGUCCCUGCUCUGACACCUAUUAAGGGCACAAUGAGAAUGCACCAGGUAAUCAGCCACAUACCUGGGCAGAUCAAGUACAGGGACAUCAGUUGUUUCUGUCAGAGGUUAUAUGGUCGACUGGAUUGUGCCUGCUUUGGCCUUAAAGUAGCCACUCUGGAUGGAGCAGUGACACCCCCAAUGCAGACACUCCCAACCAGGAACAGAGAGACCCCAUGGCGACCAGAGGAGGUGGACAGCAACUACAUUGGAGAGUGGUGUGUUGUCAAGUAUGACAAUUGCGUGUACCCUGGCAUCAUCAUGGACGUUGAGGAGCACAGCAUUCAAGAUGGAGAGCCACAAAACUCUAUGAAGAAUUCAGAGGAGAUCACCUCAGCGGAGCAAAGUCAAAGAGACAUCGAGGCAUUGCUCAGCAGACUUCGCCUUGACAAUUACAAAAAUCAACAGAAGUUGACACUAGAACAUUUUUUUAGCCUAGGCCCACCGGUAAAACAGUACCAAGAGACAUCUGAGCAGGACUUAGCUCAAACCUUCCUUCACAGGUUGAUGAUGCUAGACCACAGAGCCAGAUACAUCCUUGUAGAACAGAACAGUGCUGAGGAGAGUCAUCCAAACAAAGUGCAAACCGCCAACAGUACAGAUGCAGAUGAAAAUGAUGUUGUUGAUUUUUUCAGCACUGUUCCAAACACUGAUCAAAGCAAACAAAGACAUGACAUUCAUCCAAUGGAUGUUCAGAUGGCAGUAUUUCACAGCUCAGAUAAUUUUCUCAGGCAGAACAUGGUUACCAAGUUAUCACAGUGUCAGUACGCCUUACCUCUGCUUGUGCCUGAUCCAUUCAAAAUGGAUAUUGAGUGUCCUCUGUGGACACUGAGACAAAUAAGAAAAAGCUGGAAGAGGAUAGAUGACUCAAACAUUGUCACAAUGAGCAAUAUUCCCAUCUAUAAAGCUGAGACACCCAUGGUGUCAUUUUUCCGUCUUGGUUCUAACUCAUCAUCUAAAUCUCAGCUGAUGAACGCCUUAAUCAAUAACCGGCACAACACAUUCUUUCAUAGGAACUGCCCAGGCAACAGCAAGUCUCGGUACUUGAUGGAUGGUGUGGCAGAGAUUGCCUGGUACUGCCCUGCUGGAAAACCUAAUGAUGCUUUCAGUGACUGUAUUGCCUUCUGCAAUCUUCAUGGUGAUGCUCUCGCACAUGAAAAACAGCGUGACAUACUGAUUGAAAAAGCUUCAGUCUUUGUUGUUCUACUACCAACUGUGAAAACAAGUGGCAAAAGUUCAGCAAUUAUUUCAGCUCUUCUCAAGUCUCCAAAGCCUCUCAUCUGUCUCGUUGCUGAUAAUGACAGUGCUGCAAUUCAGAAGAAACCUGGAAAAUACAUGAUGGGUCUGAGAGACAAAAGUCAGUCAGAUGUACCUGAAGAACUUAAAAAAAUCCUCAGAAAAAUGUUGUCUGCGCAAGAUGUGUCCUUCAAGCUUGAAACUAUGGCCGAUGUCCCUGGGAUCAGAGUGGAUGAAAAUGAUACGGUCUGCUUAGAAGGGAAAUCUGCUGCCUUACAGAUACUCAAAUUGCUUCACAAGAUGGAUGUUUCAAAGAUCAAAGAGACAUUUCUCCAAUGUCAAGGCCAACUGUGGCAUGAGUGGUGCAACAAAAACAAAGAACUAUAUCAUCUCAGAGGACAAAUUGAGAAGCAAAAAUGUCAGAAACAGCAAGAACUGAAGCAAAUACGACAAAAACAAUAUCAGAUUCCUUCCAGUCCCCUCAUGCAGUUAUUUAUUGAAAAUCUCCAGAAGCUGUCAUCAAAUGAGAAAAUGUAUUUCCUGAAGUGGACUGGAAUCUUACUGGAUGACCUGUCCACAGACGACCUCUCUACAAUUCUCCAACAAUAUGAUAACAAGUGGUGUGAGGUCUUGGAUUUGAAGAAGAAACAUGAGAAAUCAGAUCAGUUAAAAAAUCUGCAAAUUGAGCUUGAAGAAUUAUCAACAAAACUCCAGUCAGCAACAUUUGGACUAGAGCACAUCUUCAGGGAAAUGGGGCAGCUCUAUGAAGCUGGUGCAUCUCUGAAGAAAAAAAUAAAGAGAGGACAGAUUAAUUGGUCCAUCUACCCUGAACUGGCUGCAGAGCUGAUGAUAUCAGGACACCCAGUGGAGCUGCUGGAUGGUGAUUCUGGUCACGUGCCACUGACUUGGAUCAGUAGUGUUUUUGAAGUGGUCAUCGAGAAAUUGGGAGACAAGCGAAUUUUUGUUUUGUCAGUUCUAGGCCUCCAAAGCAGUGGAAAAUCAACAAUGCUGAAUGCCAUGUUUGGGUUGCAGUUUGCUGUAAGUGCUGGAAGGUGCACAAGGGGUGCCUUCAUGCAGCUUGUGAAAGUUUCAGCAGAGAUUCAGAAAGACUUUAAGUUUGACUAUGUUCUAGUUGUGGACACUGAAGGACUGCGUGCUCUGGAGUUGGAAGGGAACACCAAUCUUCACCAUGACAAUGAACUGGCAACAUUUGUCAUUGGUCUUGGAAACUUGACUUUGGUCAACAUUUUUGGAGAAAAUGCAGCUGAGAUGCAAGAUACCCUUCAGAUUGCUGUACAGGCAUUCAUGAGGAUGAAGAAGGUCAAGCUGUCACCAAGCUGUGUGUUUGUACACCAGAAUGUUACUGAUAUUGGAGCUGGAGAGAGAAACAUGGAAGGAAGGAGGCGCUUACAAGAAAAACUGGAUAAGAUGGCCCAACUAGCUGCCAAAGAGGAGGAUUGUGACGCUGAGUGCUUCAGUAAUGUCAUUGCAUUUGAUGUACAAAAAGAUGUUAAAUACUUCGCCCAGCUGUGGGAGGGAAGUCCACCUAUGGCCCCUCCAAACCCAGGUUACAGCGAGAGCAUCCAAGAGCUGAAGAACAUCGUUCUCUCAAAAGCAUCAGAGUCUAAUGGGAUGACUCUUUUACAAUUCAAACAUCGCAUUUUGGACCUCUGGAACGCCUUGCAGAAUGAACACUUUGUUUUCAGUUUCAAAAACACACUUGAAAUUGCAGUGUACAGAAAACUUGAGGUUCAGUAUGGGAACUGGACUUGGAUGUUGAGGAGCGCCCUGUUGAACAUCGAAAACCAACUUCAUAACAGAAUUGAAAAUGAAAACCUUGACAAGGUUGAUCACAGUUAUCUCAUAAAGGAGAUGACCACUUCUCAUGAAAAAGUCAAAACAGCUAUGAAGACAUACUUUGAUGAAAAUGAAGACAAAGAAAUGUUGGCUCAAUGGCGAGGUCGAUUUGAAAGAAAAAUAAAGGAGUUUUAUGAUGAACAAAUGAAGGGAGUUAAAACAAAACUGGAGGAGGUUAUCCAGCAGAAGAAAGCUCGCAAAAAGCUAGAUGAUAAGAAGACUGACUUUGAGAACAAACUGCUCCAAAAGAGCAAAGAGUUGGCUCAUGAGUUGAGAGACAAGGCCAACAAUGAGGGACUUGAACCUGAACUUGAUGUAGAACUUCAGUUCAACAGUGUCUGGGAUGUGUGGGUCAAUGAAUUAACUGAAGGUACCGAACGGAUAAAAGAUAUUGACAUAGAAGAGGAAGAGUUUUGUGUUCUUGCAGAGCUUGGUAUUGAAUCGCCUCUUAUGCAGGGAUGCAAAGACUCUGGUAAAUACAAAAAGAUAUCGACAGUUGGGAAUUAUAUUGAUUAUGUGACCCUUACGAAGCACCAGCUAGACUCAAGCAGUGCUUUGCCUUAUGAAGGACAACAAGCGAUCCAAGAUCUCAUCAGUGAUGUUGAAAAUGUGACCAUGGACAUAAUUAAAAGCAAAUCUGUGGCUGAAAGAGGCUACAACAGGACUUACUUGCAUGAAGUAGUCAAAACAGUGAAAGAAAAACUGAAAGACUCUGAAUCAAUGACAAAGCCUUUUGCCUUUAAGAAUGAGUUUAAAGUGGAUCUCUUACUGUAUGUUUGUGACAUUGCAGGGAAACAGCUUUUGAAGUCUCACUGCAAUUUCAGGAAUAACAAUGAUGCACUCCUGUAUUUGGAAAGCAAGAAAAAACAAUAUUAUAGCAUAUUUGUGAGCUAUUGUAAAAAUAACUCCUCUGCUGCUGUGCUUGCUGAGUUGAUCUGUGGCCAACUGGAGGCUUCCAUCGUUCAGGCUGUGUACAACAAGACUGCCAUUGACCUGGCCGGAGAGAUGAAGUCCAGUUUCCCACCUUUCAAUGGAAACAAGGUGAACUUAGAGAAACACAUUUUACAAUCACUAGCAGAAGAAGAGGACUUUGACAAAUACAUGAAGUACAUUAAGUGCCCAAGGAAACUAGUAGAGGGUUUCAUAAAAAAGGCUGUAAAGGAAUACAUCUUCACCCAACAGGGCAAAGUAGAUAGUAUACUCAAGAAAAAUAUGACCAGCACAAUGCAGCUUUUGAGUCGAGCAGUGCACAAUGCAACAGAGAAAGUUAAAACUCCAGGAGGAAACACUGACAUGUGGCUGGAGGAGUUUUCCAGCUUGUUAAAAGAUCAGCUCAAGUUUAAUACUAAGUCUUUGCAGAAUAUUAGUGAUAUAGACAAUUUUGGCUUUCUCAAGGAGGAGCUAGACAAAGGCCUUGAAGCCGUUAGUGAGAAGAUGGGAGGCCUCUCAGUGCACCGCUUGCAGGAAUUCAGCGUGAGGCCUGAAUUAAUUCUCAUUGACCAACUGUGCAGUUCCUGCUGGGCACAGUGUCCUUUCUGUAAGGCCAUUUGCACCAACACUCUGGAGGAUCACAGCCCUGAUGACCACUGUGUCCCUUUUCAUCGCCCUAAGGGAAUCAAAGGGAUGCACUAUAGAGGUACAGUGGAAUUUAGCAUCAGUUUCUGCACAACAUCAGUUGCAAGUGUUGAUCGUUUUUACCCUGAUCAAGAUACAGAACAGAGCAUUCCUUAUAAACUGUACCGAACUGCAGGACCUAAAUAUGCUAACUGGAGUAUUACACCUGAUGAGUCCAAGCUGAUAUAUUGGAAGUGGUUUGUAUGCCGAUUUCAGACGGAACUGGAGGAACACUAUGGUUGGAAAUUCCAGGGCAGUGGAGAAAUUCCCAGCGAGUGGAAAUCUCACAACAAAGAAGAAGCUAUCAAAAGUUUGGAGAACAUGUAAAGUCUGUCCUCCCUCUUUAACUGAAACUCGAGGGUUUUGCAGCAGCAAGAGAUUCACAAAGCCUCAUUUUGCCCUCACCUCUGAGAGAUUAGCGUGUCUGUGAAGGACAAAUGGGAAAAGACAGCAAAAUAUCACACGUGUGCCUCCACUGUUGGGCAGAAAUCUGAGUUCUGAAUUGAAAAGGGCAAAUCCAGUCAAGGGAGGGAAGAGAACAGCAGCACUGGGCAGGGCUGCUGAAAUGAUAAAUCAAUCAGUCAGAUAUUUAUGAAUUCAUCAGUCACUUAUUCCUUAAGUACAUUACAUUAAGAAGUAGGGAAAUGGCAGCAAAGGAGAAUAAAAAAUAUGAUAUAGUUCUAAGUUAUGCUGUUUGUUAGCCA